UGGCAACGACAACGUCUUUCCCGGCCGCUUCCCCUUCUCCCACGGCUGGCAAAGCAAAAACUUAUGCAGCUGGCUUUUUCAAGCAAAACCAUAACCAACAGCAUCACUAUCAAUCAACAUCGAAGAAUUCAUCAGGUCUUUGUUUUGUGUCUUGCAGUGGAGCGCAACGCAGCACGGCCUUACGGAACAGGAACGCAGCAAACCCUAACGCAAAUGCUCCUCCUUCGCCUCCGUCAAGGAACAACGCUGACAAGCAGCAGGCUGCCACAAUGUACAACUUUUCUCCUCAUCAUGAUCAUGAUGAUUAUCGGUUGUUCGGAGCUACGGCGGAGCACAAUGCCAGCCACGACCAGCUUCUUCAGGAUCAGUCGGAUUUUUCGCUAUCAGUGCGUACGCCAGUGAAAAACAAUGCCGUGAUCGAGCAACCCGGUACUGACGAUGUUGCCGAGCAGGAGAGUUCCCUCUUGGAGGCAAGGGCCGGCAAUCGUGCUUCCGACGUUGUAGUAGAUAUUCCAAGCCCGCCUCCUGGCGUUCUGCUCCUUCACUCUACGACGACAGCCUUGUCGCCGCGACGAGAACGCGAUUUAUUGCACCGGAAUCGCGCUGGCCAUGGCGUGUCGAGCCCGCC